GUUUCGGAAAUGUUGUCUUUAUUGCAGAUCUACUUUUUCUUUUUUCAGUGAAUUUUGUUUUAAAAUGUAAAAUUCAACUGUUUUGAAAACAAAAACCAUCGUCUGACUCAAAGAAGGAACGAAAAUGAUUGACUCAGCACCUGAGGCUCAAUUCACCGACCGCCAAAUCAUCAAAAAUCUAUUUGUGCUCUGCAGUGGCUUUUUGUUUUUGUACAUCGCGUACGAUGCCCUAUUUAUGCUUCAAAGUACGAUGAACCGUGAGCAGGGUAUCGGAGUGGCCUGUCAAGCCAUUGUGUACAGCUUUUUUUGUUUGUGUUCACUGCUGUUGCCGAAGUAUAUUAUCAAAAAACUGGGAUCUAAAGUGACUCUCACAAUCGGAAUGUUUGCAUGCGUUCCGUAUGUAGCUGCGAAUUUUUAUCCUCACUGGGCUGUUAUGGUUCCCUGCGCAUUGUCCGCUGGCUUUGGAUCAUCUUUGUUGUGGGCGUCACAAUGCACAUACUUGAAUGAAAUAUCCGUCCUAUACGCCAAGCAUCAAUUUCUCAAAACUCAUUCUUCGAGAGGAAGUUCCUUCAGCUGUGACAAAUCGAGCUCGAUCCAGUUCAACUGGGUAAAUAACAAAGCAUUAAACAACAAAGAAUCUCAAACAUCAGCCAUCAAUGAUCCACGAACUAACAUAAAUAAAAAGGAUGAAGUUAACGAAGAAACUUUCCAGAAUACUCAAAAUUCAGAAAAAUGCCUGGAAUCAAGUUCGGAAAAGGAGUCGUCUGCUUAUUCCAGGAUGGUAGAAUCAUGGACAGCAAGGUUCUUUGGCUUCCAUGGCAUGGCAUACAUGGCGACACGCAUUAUAAGCAACCUGAUGUCUUUCUACUUGCUCCAGAAAGACGCCCCUGACUCCAAGUUCAGCAACAGCACGUGUGUUUGCGGAGCAAACUUUUGCAAUGUGGAGUCAGAAUGCUUUGCCCACAAUGUCGAACCCCCCAGCACCGAAGUGAGGUACAUACUCACGGGAAUAUGCGUGGUAAUUGGUCUUUUCUCGGUAUUCUUGGUGGGAAUAUUCCUCGAUCCCUUGAAGAUGGGCAAGGAGGAAGUGUCUUUUUCUUUAGAUUUCAUGCUGUCUACAUUUAGGCAAGCAAGAAAGAAGAGGCAGAUACUGUUAAUACCGCUGUGCUUUUAUGUUGGAAUGAUACAAGGAUUCUACACAGGAGACUUUACAAAGUCUUACAUUGCGUGCGCUUGGGGCACUUACCACGUCGGGUUGGUGAGCAUAUGUUACGGCGCUACAUGCGCCUUAGCAUCGCUUGCAUCCGGCUGGAUGGUGAAACGCUUCAACCGACUGCCCGUCUUCAUCUUGGCUGGCGCAGUAAACUUGGCAUCCAUUAUCAUUUUCCUCAUGUGGCACCCAAAGCCGAAGAAGCCCGCCAUGUUCUUCAUAGCUGCAGGGAUGUGGGGCACUUCCACCGGCAUUCUGUGGUCUCAGCUGCGAGCGUUCGUGGGAGUUCUGUUCAAAAAAGACGAAGAAGCAGCUUUUGGAGCUUAUUACCUAUGGUACUCCUUGGGAUGGUGCUUGUCAUUUGCCUACAGUAACUAUUUCUGCACUUAUGUCAAAGUCUAUGUACUACUGGCUGUGUCUUCCGUGGGAAUUAUCGGCUACUUAACGGUAGAAAUACCUCUCGUACUGAAUAAAGUAAAAUGAU